AGCUGUCGUAGAUCUUCUCAACACGUGUCGUAGACUUACAUGCUUGGAAGUAAGGUAUGUUGCUUGGAAUGAAAAUAUGCUACCGACGCACUCCAAUCUCCUGUAUGAGUAAACUAUAAAUCUAUAAUCCUUUUUUUUUUAUUAACUUUACAAUCAAUAACAUAUAUUAACAAAUGAUUGAAGGAAAAGGACAACAGAUCUUAAAUAAGAUCCAAUCAAGUCCCACCACAACUAUUUCUACUAACAUGCAUAACAUUUACAUGUUUAUUAAUCUAACUUAACACUUUAUCUGGCUAGAACCGUCUUUUUGUCUUAACAGAGUAUAAAUGAUUUUUUUAAAAAUUUUUAGAGUUUUUAUACUAAUUUUUACAGUUUACACGUUUACGAACAACAAAUAAUGUCAAAGGAGCGACACUUUGUACACAAAGAUUUCCAAGUUUUCGAUGUCGAUCGACAUCAUCAUUUUGGUUCGCGAAAUGCUAGAGAAUGUUGGAUAUCAUAUAGAUCGAGCAAAUCGGCAGAGCAAAUAGUAUAGUUUUGCUUAAUUCAAGGUUGCCACUACAGCCUGUUUCAUCCACUAAAGAAAUCGUCAGGUGACUGACAAAUUUCGAAAAACCAGCUGCUUUUAAAUGGUUUCGGGUGAACGCACACUCCCACGUUUAAAACGCAUUUAAGUAGCUCAUAUUUCGAAACCUGCCAGCCACAUGAUGAUUUAAUCUUUAGUGGGUAAAACCACAGACUGUAGUGGCAACUUCGAGGCAAGCAAAACUAUACUAAUGUAACAGUUAAAUAAGACGUUUUAUAAGAAAUCACAUAGCAGUCCAGGGGUGCAUAUUCUGCCGUUGGGUAUAAUCAUGGAUAAUAAAAUAAAUGGAUAGGACUCUAGCUGACGCAAGCAAAAACAACCUAGUUGCAAUCUGUGACGUCACGCGUGUUGCAAAGUUCUCGGCAUUUUUGUUGUUUCGCUAUUACUUUCCGCUUUAAAAGAGUAAUAUUGAAGCUUAAACUGGUCUAAUUGUUUUAAAACCAUGCCUAAGCCACGACAAAGUAUUCAAGGUAAAUGUUUUUCGUGUUUGUUUUGUAUUUUUUUUUUACAUUUGUGGCUACGAAAUUGACGUCCCCAAUUUUAACGAAAUUUGGGAUGCAUUUUUCACUGUUUAGUGCUUGAAAUAUUUGCUAAAAUUGACUGGGAAUACUUAGAGAUUUCAUCGUAGAAUGGCGUAGUUAUAUGCAUUUGCUUUUUGACUAAAAUGUUUAGCUGUAUUAUUGCUAAACAUGCCGUUUUUGAGAAUUUGGUUUCAACAUCCAAUCACGCCAUCAGCCCAUUGAAAACAUUAGAUCACGUCAGCUAAUUUCCUAUCCAUUUAUUUUAUUAUCCAUGCUACAAUUAACCUUCACGACCCAGGGGUAUUUUGUGGGGGGAAAUUCCGAAUUCCCCCCAAAUCUGAAAAUAGCUAGCUAAAUUCUGUAGGGGGGAGCAUUUCCCCCAAAAUGGAAUAUGAAUAUCAUUAUUACAGGCCUGCAAAUAAUUAUUUUACUUGGAAGGAGAAACGUCUGGCCAAGCCAAAAAUUGGUCGGACAUUUGUCAAUUUUUCUCGGACAACGGACGAAGUAAAAUUUUUCAUAUUUUUUUUUUAAAUUAGAACGAUGUUUUUUGCCUGGUCAUAUAUGUUAGUCCCAAGUGCGAUGCAUCUAAAACUGACAAUAUACCUACGAGUCCUAAUGCAUCAGUAGUGAAAUUAUAGUUCAGGUUAUACAUAACUUUAAUUUCUACCAUGUUAUAUACAAAGGUGAUGUAGAUUUAUAAUUAAAUCUUACGACUUAAUGCACCAACAAAUAGUGGAGAAGUGCCGUCUAUAUUGCUUUCUUGUUGGUUUCAUUAAUAAAAAAUGAGUUAUAAAUAAAUAAUUUUUUGAGAUUGGAGAUUUGACCAGCCUAAACUGGUCGGUCACAUGUCUGGUCAUAAAAAGAUUUGAUAGGACAAAAGGUAAAAUUUGGCCGGACAAUAUCCGAUGACCAGCACUAAAUUGCAGGCCUGUUAUUAAUAUUAAACUGGUAAGUGAUAAGGCAUAUAACCUUGAGUAUAAAACUUGGAGGUGCAGUUGGUGAACCCAGACAUCAUUUCUAUCCCCUCACUUGCAAAUAGUUGAGCAUAGGAAAUGAUGUCUGGGUUUGUGACUAUAGGAAGGGGAAUCCCCCCCCCCCCAAUAAAAUCAUCCCUGAAAUUUGGGGGGAGCUCCCACCCAAGUCCCAAAACCUAAAAUACCACUGAUGACCAUAUGGCAACGACAUUUGUUAUUGACCGUGGACUAACACAGAUAAGAUAUCUGAUUGUUUGGUCCAGCUAAUUUAGUUGAGAGUUUACUAAUAAAACAUGGGGGAUGUUUAAUGUUAACAUUACGUAACAGUUCAUUGUAACGUUGAGCUGAUUGGUCUUUAGUGUUUGUCAUUGAGCUCACUUGAAUUUAGUUUUGUAAAAUGAGACUUUGCAGUGCGAUUUAAAUAUGGCUAUGCUAUUAUUAAAAAGGUCAAUCCCAGUUGUAAUUUGUUUUGUUUUCUGUUAUUAUAGUGAUUGUAUUGAGAUCACUGAACGCUCUGUCAAGUCUAUUGUGGAACAUGGGAAAAUGAAACAUUUGGCACUGAGUAGAUGCUACGGAAUUACUCCAAAAAGCUUAGAGUAAGGGGCUAGUAUUUACAUUAUCUUAUUAUUCCUUGCGCACCCUUCCUCUUGUAUGACCUUUCCCCCAUGGCACACCAUCGUCACCGCCACUCUUAAUUUUCUUAUACUUUAUUUCAGAUCAUUAUCACCACUGAAGUCAUUGCGGUCAUUACAGAUCUUUGGUUUCCUAACUGACCCUGGACUGAGUAUAUUAAGAAAAGUUUUAAAAGGGAUUGACAUAAAUAAGAACAUGUUUUCCACCGUCGCUAGACCGACAGGAAGUGUAUAUAAACAAACUAUAUGGGGGAUGAAAUGUUCAGGACCAAGUUAGAUUUAUUUCGCGAUUCGUAUAUUAGGAUUGGAAAACAAAUCUCUUUACCAAUGAACAGCAAUAUGUUAGGAGAGCCAGUGUAAUUGUUUGUAAAUAAACUGUAUGUGGUUUUGUAUGUGAUACAACUACUUAAAAAUACACAUAAAGAAUUUUCAUCUUUCGAGCGAAGUCCCUUUUCCUGGCAGUUAAAGGCGGUUUUCCACUAUGAGAAAUUUUUCGAUCAAACAGAAAUUUCUAUUGUUCAAAUUCAAAAUAUUUCUGUUUAGUUCCAUCUGAGUGCUUGUAAGACAAAAGAAAAUUUCGAUUCGGUCGAAAAAUUUCGCCUGGUGAAAAACCGCGGCCUUAAAGGCGGUUUUCCACUAGGCGAAAUUUUUCGACCGAAUCGAAAUUUCUCUUUGUUUCAGAGCUCUCGAGCAGAACUAAUUGUAAAAAGACAAAGAGAAAUUUCGUUUCGGUCGAAAAAUUCCGCCUCGUGGAAUCCGGCCUUAAGGCGGUUUUCCACUAGGCGAAAUUUUUCGACCGAAUCGAAAUUUCUCUUUGUUUCAGAGCUCUCGAGCAGAACUAAUUGUAAAAAGACAAAGAGAAAUUUCGUUUCGGUCGAAAAAUUCCGCCUCGUGGAAAACCGCCUUUAAGGUCGUUUUCCUCCAGGCGGAAUUUUCCGCGCAGAGCGGAAUUUCUCUUUGUCUUGUGAUUUCUCGGGUGGAACUAAUUAAGGCGUUUUCCACUAGGCGGAAUUUUCCGCGCGAAGCGAAAUUUUUCUUUGUCUUGUGAUUACUCGGAUGGAACUAAUUAGAAAAGACAGAGAGAAAUUCCGCUCCGCGCGGAAAAUUCCGCCUAGUGGAAAACGGCCUUUAGAAAAGACAAAGAGAAAUUCUGCUCCACGCGGAAAAUUCUGCAUAGUGGAGAACGGCCUUUAAUAGUGGAGUAGAUCGGGAAAACAUGUGCUCUAAUAUUACAAUUAUCAGUAUAGUAG